CUCCCCCUCCAAAAGCCGAAGUGACGUUGACAUUACCUUUCGCAAAAUGUGGCGUCCAUUUUGUAGUUAUAAAAGAUAACGCGGAAUAAAUGAGUUUUGUUAUAUUUAUCAGGCAUUUCUUACUUUUAUUAUAAUUUUGAAUAAUUACUUAUUGAUGAAGAACUUUUCGGUAUUUAUUAAAUGUAAUAGAGGCGGUCAUUUAUAAUGAGUAUUUCGUGUUUGAAGUUGUAAGGUCGAGCACGUUUGUAUCAAAAUAUGUGAACAUUUUGAUAAACCGCGAGUGGUGAUAGAUAUUUUUUAAUUAAUAGGGAAAACUUAUUUCUAUUUAACAUGGAGUAUUCACAACCGCCUCCGAAUUUGGCUAUGCCGCCACCAAACCUGGCGGUGCCACCUAUGGUUGGUUUGCAAGGUUUCAAUAAUAAUAGACCUCCUUUCCGACCAUUCAUGAAUAUGCACAAACCAUUACCAGGUCCAUUAGGCAAUAUGACAUUAGAAGACUUUGAUGGCAAGAGGUUAAGGAAAAGUGUUAUGAGGAAAACUGUAGAUUAUAAUUCAGCUAUAAUAAAGGAAUUAGAGAAUCGAGUUUGGCAAAGAGACUACAGAGAUAGAAGGGCAAUGCAACCAGAUCCAAUGUACUAUCCAGAUUUAAUGCCACCACCAAGUUACCCUGAUAAUCCUAUUAACUGUGUUACUACUAGGUUCGUAAAGACUGCCACAAAUAAAAUGAGAUGCCCCAUAUUUUGUAUGGCUUGGACUCCAGAAGGUAGAAGAUUAGUGACAGGAGCCAGUUCUGGUGAAUUUACCCUAUGGAAUGGUUUAACAUUUAAUUUUGAAACUAUUUUGCAGGCACACGACAGUCCUGUGAGGACCAUGGUGUGGAGCCACAACGACAGUUGGAUGAUCACUGGCGACCAUUCGGGCUACGUCAAGUACUGGCAGUCGAACAUGAACAACGUGAAAAUGUUCCAAGCACACAAAGAAGCGCUUCGUGGCAUAAGCUUCAGCCCUUCGGACAACAAAUUCGUAACGUGUUCGGAUGAUGGUACACUGCGUAUUUGGGACUUUUUCCGGUAUCAAGAAGAGAGGAUCCUCAGAGGGCACGGUGCUGAUGUAAAAUGCGUUCACUGGCAUCCCCAAAAAGGUCUCAUCAUAUCAGGAAGUAAAGAUAACCAGCAACCCAUUAAAUUGUGGGAUCCUAAAACCGGACAGUCUCUAGCCACUUUACACGCGCACAAAUCGACUGUGAUGGACUUAAAGUGGAACGAGAAUGGCAACUGGUUGAUAACUGCUUCCAGAGACCAUCUAUUGAAGUUAUUCGACUUGAGAAAUUUGAGUCAGGAAGUUCAGACGUUUAGAGGUCACAAGAAAGAGGCUUCUAGCGUAGCUUGGCAUCCCAUACACGAAGGGCUAUUCUGUAGCGGAGGUUCAGACGGUGCUAUCAUGUUUUGGCACGUAGGAGCUGACAAAGAAGUGGGCGCCAUAGAACAGGCGCACGACAGUAUAGUUUGGACUUUGGCAUGGCAUCCCUUGGGGCAUAUAUUAUGCUCGGGAUCCAACGAUCAUACGAGUAAAUUUUGGACCAGAAAUCGACCUGGAGAUCAAAUGCGAGACAAAUAUAAUUUGAACACCCUGCCAGCCGGCAUCGCAGGUCUAGAAGAUUUAGAUAUGGGUGAUGAACCUGUGUCGAUAAUUCCUGGUAUGGGUCCAGAGGAUAAAGUCGACAUUACGACAAUUUUGACAGACGAAAAUCAAGCCAUUCCAGGAUUAGACUUGGACAAUGUAGUAAAUGAAGAAAAAUCGAAGCCAAAGAAAGUGCCCUUCAGUAAACCCAUUCCUCGCAAUUUCCAGGCUCAAUGGAAUGAAACCACUGAUGAUUCAGCUGGUGCUCUGAAUGAAGUAAUUUCCCAAAUCGUAGAAAAUACUCCAGGAGUGGUUCCUCUACAACAGCUCGCACCCAACGCCAUAGUUAUCUAUGGAAAACUAAUACCAGUAGAACCUGGAUCUAAGUUGGAGCAAGCUAUAGCCGAUGGUCCGGAGGCCCUCCAGAAAUAUAUAGCGUCCGGUGAGAUAGAAGAGCUCCACGACGUGAUGCCCAUCAACGACGAUGAAGACUAUCUCAACGACGACUUUGACGAUAAGGAUAUUACAUCUAGGGAAAAAGAUCUGAGGUCUCCGUUAUUCAAGAAGGAUAGCGACAUGAGAAACAUGGGCGACAUAGAUUUUAGAAGUAAAGAUGUCGAUUUGAGGCGAGACGAUAGGCGUAGGGACUUUGAUAUGCGGAAUCUACCUAUGGAUGAAGAUUUUAGAUACAACGAACGUCCAGAUCGCGGAGAUGUAGAUGAAGAUUUUAGAAACGAAAGAUUCAGAGACGAUGAUGAUUUCGAUGGUAAUUACUAUGAUGAUGGUCCUCCAAAUUCAGGCAACUGGCAAAGAAACGGCAAAUUCGGCGGCAGCGGCAGCAACUUCUCCAGACGAGGCAUCCCCCCGCUAGUAGGCGGCAACAAACCGUUCAGUUCCAGCUUCAGGGAGAGGAACUUCGGUAAUUUCGGUCCCAAUUCGAGCGACGACCGAGACCGGAACUGGAACGACAAUGACAGCGACGACAACAACUGGCCGCCAGGUGGCGAUCGCGAUAACUGGAACGAUAACAAUCAGCGUAAAGACGACUGGAAUGACCAAAACGACGAUUGGAACGAUCAGAACGAGGAAAAUUGGCAGGAUGGGUUCAAUAGUAGAGGACGCGGGAGUAGAAGGGACGCUGCUAGAAACAGACCGAAUACGGGUAACCCUGGCAGGGGUAGAGGUGUGCCGAAUAGAGGCAGAAGCGGCGAUAGAGGUGGGCGAGGAAGUAAAGGUGGUCGCGGCAUGAAAAAAGGUCCAAAUAGAGGACAGAGAGGUGCUCCGAGAGGUGGAGGACGUUUUAAUUGAAAUGCUAUCUGUUAUACGCAAAGCAGAAUCAUCGGUGUAUAUAUACAGUUUUUUAUGUUCUAAUUUGUGUAUGAAGAGAUUUGAAUCGGUUGCUGUCUUAAACCAAGGACAACCAAGUUUUAAAUUCUUUAAUAAAAGGAGAGACACAAUUGAAAUAUAUGUGAUACAAAUGACAUUUAGUGGAUGUAAUCGUUUACUUUUCAAGAGCAGCGGAACGUAUUUGAAACAAUUUUUUUUUCAGCAAAUUCCAAUUUGAUCACCUUUUUUUCUGAA